UACUUUGAAAGGGAGUCCCAGCCACAAACCGCAGCCAUUCUCCAGGCAGCAAUGACAACCCGGCCAGUUCAUUAAACAUCCUGCAUUGGGAGCAGGCAGUCAGCUAGUGGAAGAGAGAAAGACUUUUAAGAUGGCAUGAGUUGAAUUCAGGGAGCUUUCCUCAGGGAAAAUUGGGCAAAUAAAUGAGAUUACACACCUGGGUUUCAUUUACUGCCUUUUCAUCUGCAAGAAACGUUAGGCUGGGUUUGUAAGAGGCACUUUAAAGACUCAGCGAUGCUCUGAGAAACUCUCAGAAGUUGGGAAUGAAGAAGAGCAGCUUUCAGCUCAUGGAAAGCCAGACUAUCCUCUCCCAGCUCAGGUUCUGCAAUAAAAUAUUGGGUGAAAUGCCGUCCCUGGGCAUGACAGUCUUCUGCUUUCUGCUUCUAAUUGUCACCACAUCUACCCAUGCUUUGAUGGAAGUUAAUUUUGACCCAUUCGUCUAUCUCUCACCUGACGGUGAAAAUGGAACAGAAGAGAACGUCCCAACAGAGCUGCACAGGCAGAAGCGACAGGUCGCUACAUUUGGCCUUUCCCCUAUGGAAUACAAGAUUGACAUUGAGAUCAGUUAUACAGAUCCAUCUCUCUUGGAAGCCAUCAAAGAUUAUUUCAAGAAUCUUAGUUUUCCAGUCAUAGUAAACACCUUAGAUGCAGCAAUGAACAUUUCAAGCCUCAAUGUUACUACAGUAUGCAGUCUCACCAGUAAUAAUGAGACCCAUUGUUCUUGUGAAAGUGGGUACAGAUGGCCAGCUGCAGCAUGCAGUGCCAAUUCAAUCUGUCCUAGUACCAUCCCAACACAAGAGGAGAUCUGUGACUGUAUCACACAGGUGCCUUCUCAAGGACUCUAUUGUCAGCUUCAGUCUGAAGAUCAAACCAACUUCUCUGUGUCCCCUGAGGACAUUUUCCAGGGGGAUACAGUAAAAAUGAAGUGUGUGAUACAGUUGGAUACAGGGAAUGUGACCUGGUAUCAUUCUGGACAUGUAAUCUUGAAUAGAGGCCGGCAUUCAAUAUCUACAAUAAUUAUAGAAAAAACUACAACGUCAAUUCUGAAAAUUACCAGUGUUACACAGGAUGAUACCGGUCCUUAUACUUGCGUUUUCAUAGACAGCAGUGUGAGCUCCACAUUGGAAUUUAAAGCAACACGCAAUGUAACAGUAGCUCCAAUAAACAUCAUGCAAUCAGGAGACACUGAGGUUAUAUGUGAUGGUACCAAAGUAUCGCUGAGCUGCUGCAUUGAUGGAAAUAUACAAUACUUUAAUACUACCUGGAGACCAAAUACAGGAACCGCCAGUUUAACUCCAAACUGUGCUGAGUACACUCUCCAAGCCAGUCAUUCUCAGUGCCCAAACCCAUCUGAUAGUGAGAUAACGUACACGUGUGAGCUGAGCACGGGGAAUGGCGCCAUCAGAAGUAAAACCAUCAACGUGACAUAUUUACAAAUAGCAAAGCCAGAAAUAUUUCCAAGUACAAAAGCACAAGUUUCUGAGGGACACAAUUUUACUCUAAUAUGCACCAGCGAUGUGAGCAAUUGCGAUAAUGUCACCUGGAAAAUCCAGUCUCAAAUGAUAGAUUCUCGGCUAUACAGCUGCAAGGUGGAAUCCCCAAGCAAAGCCAGGUCCAUACUCACAGUGAACUCUGCCACUCAGGCCUGGAAUGGCACCUAUACUUGCACAUCAUUUCAGAAGUCUUUGUCAAGUUCUUCUAGUACAACAGUUGAGAUUGUUCCUCUGCCUCUGAAACAGAAUAUUGUACUGGAUCCCAUUCAAGGAUUUAUACAAUGCAAUGUACCUCAGGUGCUAAAGUGCUGCAUAAAUGGAGCAGAAAACUAUGACGUUACAUUCACAGUUCAACAAACGGAAUGUAAGAGUGUGAAAAACACACAAGGAAACCUAGUGUGCUACACGUGCAAUUACACAGAAAGGUGCAGCUCAAAGUCAAAUGUCGUAGCAUAUUGUACCUUUGUUAACCGCAUUCAGGAUAAGGUCAUAAGUUCACUUAUGAAUCUAAGUAUUAUACUAGGAAAUAAAGUUACGUGCUCAGGCAGCAUUGGUGUGGGGCAGCAAGGAGCACAGAUAACAAAACCAUGCCCAGCCUCUCAAGGUGUGAAUGGCAUGAGCACCACCAUUAGAGGGACUGUAAUCUAUGUGUGUAACAACACCAACUGGGAGGUUGCUAGAAACAGCUGCAUAUCUGACCAAAUAAACAUGCUGCUCGAUAGUGCUGAGUCUUUGGUGUAUGAUCCACAGGCAGAAGAACAGCUACCCACAUAUCUUGAGAUUCUUCAUAAUACUACACUAAAGGAACAACGAGAAAUAAACACUUCACCUGCAAACCUGGUGGCACUAAUUACCAUUCUGGAUUUGGUUUCAAAUAUCCCAACAGAUGCAAAGCCACGCACAAUGGAAAAUUUCUUCUCUACAGUGAACACUAUUGUCAACAAUUCCACAAUACUUGCCUGGAAAGAUCUGAACAAUCAGCAAACAGGGAACAGUUCUCGUUUACUGGAUUCAGUGGAGAAAUUUUCCCGGUCCCUCCGGCCAACUAAUAAUCCCAUUCCUUCGAUCACCACCACCAACGUUCAGCUGCAAGGUAUAGUUAUCACAGAAAAUAGCACGUGGGACUAUAAUAAGAGCUUUACUUUCUCCAAUUCAGGAAACCUCAGCGGCAAUGUGCUAAUUAAUAGAAAUAACAUUAAGAACUUGACAGAAAAGUUGACCAUCAUCACCGUGGCUUUCUCAACCCUCAGAUAUAUUCUGCCCAACCCCAAUGAGACAGUUAAGGAUGUGAAUGGCUUGGUGAUGAUGACAACAACAAACAGCAUGGGCCCUCAGGUCUUAGAGAUCUCUCUGACAUUUGCCAAAAGCAAUUCUUCCCUGAAAGAGCCCCAGUGUGUCUUCUGGAACUUCUCUCACUCUGCUGCUGUAGGAGGAUGGGAUGACACUGGUUGUCACCCAAAGGAUGAAGGAGACAAUGUCAUUUGCACCUGCAAUCACUUGACUUCGUUCUCAAUUCUGAUGUCAUUCGACCGGGGGUCCUCCCCUUCUGGAGCCGAACUGCAGUCACUAGAUUACAUUACCUACAUUGGCCUGAGCAUUUCCAUAGUGAGCUUGAUGAUCUGCAUAUUAACUGAAUCCCUGGUAUGGAAAUAUGUGACCAAAAACAGAACCUCCUACAUGCGUCACAUCUGUAUAUUGAACAUAGCUGUGUCUCUUCUGCUUGCAGACAGCUGGUUCAUUGUCACUGCCUUCAUACAAGACAAAAAGGAGCUAGUGAAUGGGAAUGUCUGCAUAGCUGCCACCUUUUUCAUCCACUUGUUCUACCUCAGUCUCUUUUUCUGGAUGCUUGCCCUGGGCCUCAUGAUCUUCUAUCGCCUUGUCUUCAUUUUACAUGACACUAGCAAGACCAUCCAGAAAGCUGUAGCAUUCUCUUUGGGAUAUGGGUGCCCUCUUAUUAUAUCAGUCAUCACCAUAGCUGUCACUCAGCCUCAUAACACUUACAUGAGGGAAAAUGCCUGCUGGCUCAACUGGGAGAAAAGCAAAGCUCUCCUUGCCUUCAUUAUACCCGCGCUGAUCAUUGUGGCUGUGAAUUCAAUCAUUGCUGUUGUAAUCCUAGUCAAAAUACUAAGGCCUGCCAUUGGGGAGAAGCCAAGCAAGCAGGAGAGGAGCUCCUUGAUUCAAGCCAUCAAAAAUGUUGCCACUCUGACGCCGCUAUUUGGCCUUACCUGGGGAUUUGGAGUCGCAACCCUUAGCAAUGGCAGCCCAAUAGUAUUCCAUAUACUAUUUACUCUCCUCAAUGCUUUCCAAGGAUUAUUCAUUCUGGUGUUUGGAACUCUCAGGGACAAGAAGGUAGUAGAAGCCUUGCUGAACAAAUAUUCACUUGGAAGAUGGAGUACGCAGCAAACAAAGUCAACGUCCUUGGGUGAUUCUGCCCCUGCGUUCUCGAUGAGCUGUCCAUUCUCAGGAGCACUAAACAACUUAUCUGGCAAAGCAGGAAAAUACACAAUUUCUUCCACAGAAGCAACAACUUCGUUUAGUGAGCGCACCUCCAACACAUAUUCUGUGUUUCAUUGAUGUGUUGCAAAUGUUGAACCAAGAAUAUGUGAAGGGUCCUGGGUCUUUUUGUGAGCCAUACGUCAAAAGAAUGAAAAAAUACUCUAUGAAUCAUAGAGAAGUGGACAUCACCCAGACUGCGCUGUGCCUUGGCGUGUUCUUUAACAAGCAUCCCUUCUACUUAACCCGUAUGGAAGUUUCAUGAUGUGGAACGUUAAAGAGACCACUAAUGCUAAAAAAAUGUUAAAAAUAUUCCUCAUGGGCUCCCCUUGAUCUCAGUGACAGUUGAAGGCUGUCAGCAUCAACGUGGAGGUGCUCAGCACUGCACAGAAUUGAGCCAUGACACUACAUGAUAAUAGACUUCACAUGGUCUUAAUAAUUUCACUUUUCCAAUUUUCUGAAUGAUGCCAAAUGCAUAAAUAUAUACACAAGUGCAUCCCAGCCCAUCCUCUCCCUCCUACUCACUCCUGUAGGGGACAGGUGGUUUAGUAGUCUAAAUUUCUUGCUUGAGUUAUCUAGACUUCCUGGAAUGACAGGUUCAAACCCCAGAUGGGUUAGCUCAGAGUGCUGACCUUCUGAGACCUGGAGUAUCCUGAUGAUUACUACAGGUAGGUCUGUCAGAGAUGUGACUUAAAAACCUAAGUGUUUCUUAGGCCUGGUCUACACUACGCGUUUAUACCGAUUUUAGCAGCGUUAAACCAAUUUAACGCUGCACCCAUCCACACAACGAGGCCCUUUAUAUCGAUAUAAAGGGCUCUUUAAACCGGUUUCUGUACUCCUCCCCAACGAGAGGACUAGCGCUGACAUCGGUACUACCAUAUCGGAUUAGGUUUAGUGUGGCCGCAAAUAGACGGUAUUGGUCUCCGGGCAGUAUCCCACAGUGCACCACUGUGACCACUCUGGAAAGCAAUCUGAACUCGGAUGCACUGGCCAGGUAGACAGGAAAAGCCCCAUGAACUUUUGAUUUUCAUUUCCUGUUCGCCCAGCAUGGAGCUCUGAUCAGCACGGGUGGCGAUGCAGUCCCAAAUCCAAAAAGAACUCCAGCAUGAGCCGUACGGGAGAUACUGGAUCUGAUCACUGUAUGGGGAGACAAAUCUGUUCUAUCAGAGCUCCGUAACAGAAGACGAAAUGCCAAAGCAUUUAAAAAAAAUCUCCAGGCUAUGAUACAGAGUCCACAGAACAGUGCUGUGUGACAAGCAUAACGGAAAGCCAAAGAAUCAAAUGGACGCUCAUGCAGGAAGGGAGGGGGAACUGACGACUCCAGCUAUCCCACAGUCCCCGCAGUCUCCGAAAAGCAUUUGCAUUCUUGGCUGAGCUCCCAAUGCCUGUAGGGUCAAACACAUUGUCCGGCGUGGUUCAGGGUAUAUCUCGUCAAUUUACUCCCCCUCCCUGCCCAUGAAAGAAAAAGGAAAAAAAUCGUUUCUUGACUUUUUUCAAUGUCACUGUAUGUCUACUGCAUGCUGCUGGUAGACACAGUGCUGGGGCACUGAACAGUAGCAUCCUCUCCCCUCUCUUCCCCGGUGGUAGACAGUACAGUGCAGUAGGACUGGUAGCCUUCCUCAUCAUCAGCCCGUGAGUGCUCCUGGCUGGCCUCAGGUGAGGUCGGCCGGGGACGCCUGGGUAAAAAUAGGAAUGACUCCCAGUUAUUCUUGGCAGAUGGUACAGAACGGCUGGUAACUGUCCUCAUCAUAGCAACUGGGGGCUGAACUCCAUCAGCCCCCCCCCUUUCAUGUCUAAAGAAAAGAUUCUGUACUGCCUGGACUAUCAUAGCAGCGGGAUGCUGGGCUCCUCUCCCCCAUACCGUUUAAUGUCCUGCCUGGACUAUCAUAGCAGCUGGAGGCUGCCUCCCCCUCAUUUUAUCUCACUAAAAAGUCAGUGUUUCUUAUUCUUCCAUUCUUUAUUACUUCAUCACACAAAAGGGGGGACCCUGCAACGGUAGCCCAGAAGG